UCUGUGGUGUGGAGAGUGAGUCCACCGCUUUCACUGUCAUGCCAAUGAGUGGCUAUCCCGGCUCCAGGGGUUUCCUUGGUUUCUCAUUUCAUCAGAGGCUGCACCUGCCAGGGAUUAAGACUGGAAAGAAGAGAGAGAGGGGAAGGAGAGAGAGGAUUUGCCAUCUUGGGAUCCCAUGGCUUUCUUUACUGGGCUCUGGGGCCCCUUCGCCCACGUGAGCAGAGCACUGAGCCAACGCCGUUUCAGCACCACUGGGAGCCUUGGUGCAAUUCAGAAGAUGACGCGGGUACGUGUGGUGGACAACAGUGCCCUGGGAAACACCCCGUACCAUCGCCCUCCUCGCUGCAUCCACGUCUAUAACAAGAACGGGGUGGGCAAAGUGGGCGACCGGAUCCUGCUGGCCAUCAAGGGGCAGAAGAAAAAGGCGCUUAUUGUGGGGCAUCGUAUGCCUGGUCCCAGGAUGACCCCCAGGUUCGACUCUAACAACGUGGUCCUCAUCGAGGACAACGGGAACCCUGUAGGGACCCGAAUCAAGACACCCAUCCCCACCAGCCUACGCCAGAGGGAAGGCGAGUUUUCCAAGGUGCUGGCCAUUGCCCAGAACUUUGUGUGAGCAGAGCCCAGGCACCGGCUGCCUGGGGGCUCAUGGAUGGAGCCGUUCUGAGAGCUGUGCCUCUGCUGAGAGGGAGCCUGGGGCGCAGUGUGCUGUGAGAAAAUAAAUGUUUUCCUGUACGUUU